AUGGUUCAUCCGCGCGGGAGGCCGAGCAAGGGGCGGCAGGCGAUCGGGAUCCGCCGCAUCGAGGACAAGCCCGGCGGCACGUCACCUUCACCAAGAGGCGGGCCGGGCUGUUCAGGAAGGCCUCGGAGCUCUCCAUCCUCACCGCCGCUGCUACGCGCCCGCCCCCGUGUCCACGACUGCGAGCCCGAGGCGUUGAGGCGGGCGGCGGACGAGGCCAAGGUGGAGGUGGCGCGGCUGCGCGACGUCGCGGGGAGGCGGUUCUGGUGGUGGUGGGAGGCCACCAACGUCGAGGCGCUCGGGGAGGCGGAGCUGCCGGAGUUCGCCAGGGCGCUUGGGAGGGUCAGGGCCGCCGUCGUGCGCCGCCACGCGCUCUGA